AUGAUGGGAAUGCGCUACACCAUUUUUGUUUUGGUAUUAGCACUCUGCUUUGCCUGCGGUAUUGUGUGUGCUGAGAAUCCUGAUAUUAGUGAAGGUCCUCCAAAGGUUAAAGCUGAGGAGGAAACUCCUGGUCCUGGUGGUCCUUGCACCCAAGGUGACUCAUCUUGUCGUCGUCCUUCUCCUGCUCCUCUUUCUCCUGGUCCAUCACCCGGUCUUUCUCCUGUUCAUCCUUCUACCCCAGUCGAACCAGGACUUGUUGAGAAUAGAGUUUCUGCUGAAUCUAGUUCUCCUGGUCUAGGCAAUCCUGGUCAGGCGGCAGGGACGUUAAGAGAGCGGGAAGAAAACAAAAGAUUGCAUGACAGUCAAGAUGGGAAACGUGUUGACGGCGGUACGAAAGAAGGUCUCGUCUCAACACAGCAGAAAGAGAAGUCAAAAGAAGAGAGUGAGGAAGAAAAUAAAGAAUUGAAGGAUGCUCUCAAACAGGAACAGGAUUAUUCCAUUGGCGAUAGACCAAGUACUGAGGAACCUGUUUCCCAAACUGAUGCAAACGGUACUACACAAUCAACAGGGACACCAGCUAAAGGUUCGCAAUCAGAAGAACCUCCUGCUCCCCCAGAUCAAAGGAAUACAGGUGACGCUUCUUCUAGCAGUUCAUCUGCGGAGAAUGCUGUGGGUUCAGAUGCUGCAACGGAUGUGAGUAACGUUGCCACUUCAUCUGCAGCGAGUGAAUCAACAAGGAACCAAAAUGAAGAAGGAGUAGAAGGUACAGAAUCAACCACCACCACAACAACAACACUUCCUCCUGAACUCACAAACAACAAGAAGGGUGAUGCAGACAGCAGCAGCAGUAUCAGCAGUUCUGUGUGGGUGCGUGUACCACUACUGAUUAUGGUUACACUGGCCUGUAUUCUUGUGUGCUGA